AUGAAGACAAGCAGUUUUGAGUCUCCACAAAGAAUGUCUUCGAAAGUUCUUAGCGCUAGUUCUUCAAAGAUGAAACUCGGCGGGAUUGGGCGAUUUCGUAAAGCCGGUUGCGAGCGUAACCUUGCAUCAGUGCUUCUUCAGCAAAGGCAAGUUCUUCGCGUCAUUCAGAACGACGUCGAUGUCACGCCCAAGCCACUGGUUCAUCCGGCGUUCAACAUUAUCGAAGAGAACCAGACCACCGCGUUGGAGACUCUUGGGAUUUUCCAGACAACAAGUAGUGCCCAACUAAUGAUGUCUCCGUCCGACCUGAGUGGACUCAAGGCCAGUUCUUCUAUUUUUCUCAAGUCUUCAAUGCCGUCCGAAGACAUGCAGUUGGAGAGUUUACUUACUACUCAGGUGUGCGAAUUCUUGCAAGAAGAGGAAGAUGUUGCACCAGCACCAUUUUUCUUACCCAGAGAUGAAUCGGUGAUAUUACUCGAGCGCUCAGAGACCGUGACGAUCACUUUGAAAGAGACGCAAACGUUCUUCAUCUUCGAGUUGCCACAGUUGACCGGCGAUCUAUUAACUCCGGAAGGACAGGCGAUUAAGCAGGAAAAUGAGCAAUACGAGUACGUGACAGUAGGACUCGGUUCGAAUCGGAAAUUGAUGGAUGCUGAGACACAGACGAUACGCGUGUUGACAAAAUCGCGCGGUACUUACUUGGGCGCGAGACCUAGGAAAAAUCAAGGAAUAUUCGUGAACAACUGGGUGAUCCACGACACAUACGCUGCGCCGCAACUGAUGACUGAAAAAGACGGACGACUGAUGGUGCACUCGAAAGAGUCGAUGCGCCGAAUGCGAGAAGAGCAAGAAUUGCGAUACAAGCUUCCCGAGCCCGAGGUAACUCCCGAUCCGAGUCUCGAGGAGCAAUUAUCCCACAUCUGCCGGAACACUCGCUUCCUGGAUGCAGCACGUGUGAUGGAGCGUCUGAUUGCAAACAACGUGUUCCUGGCGGUACAAAAACGUUUCACCGGCGUGACUGUACGCGACCCUUACGCCUUGGACCUCUGCUUCGACUACCGGCUGGACCUGCUAUGGACGCACAUGUAUGACGAGGUUCGCGAUCGUCCGGUCGCGUCGUUCCGCUGGAGUCCGGCUAACGCGAGCGUCCUCGCCGUGGGCUACGGCGCGCGAACUGAUUCAGCAGACAAGCGAAACGGCUUGCUACUGAUUUGGUGCGCCAAAAACCCGAGUCAUCCCGCUCGCCAGUAUACAUUCGACAGCUCGGUGUCCGACAUCAACUGGAGCAUAAGUCGACCGAAUCUUCUGGCGAUUGGCUUUUACAACGGCAAUGUCAAAAUCAUCGAUGUUAGCGCUAAGAACGUCAACGUGAUCAGACAGAGUUACAGAGAGACGUCGCCAGCCUGCUCGCCGCAUUGGCAGGUACAAUGGUGGAGCGGUGACGAGCAAUUUGAUUAUCAAGAGCAGAUCUACACGAGCGACCAAGACGGUCGGGUGUACUGCUACCGUUUCGGCGAAGACUUCCUCGCCACAGAGAUUAUGCGGUUAUAUCGCGUAGAGGGUAAGUUAAUGGGAGUGUCUAGGAGCCACUACUGCGUGGCCUACGAUGUGCCUAUCAGUCGACAACCUGGUGCCUUGGUUCUGCGAAGACAUCCUAGUAUCAGCAACAUUUAUCUCGUGGGUUCAGACGAGGGUUGCAUCUAUCGAUGCUCUACUACCUACUUGCGUCAGCACAUAGAUAGCUUCCAGGCGCAUGACGGCCCGGUUUACUCCCUUGAGUUUUCGCCGUUUUGUCAGAAGCUCUUCCUCACAUGCGGCGCCGACUGGUGCACUAGAAUCUGGGCGGAAGGUCUCGCCGAGCCACUUAUUAUCCUGUCGACAACAAUGGCGUGUGUGCGAAGCGCACAAUGGAGCCCUACAUGUUCCACCGUCAUCGCUAACGUGGUCAACGAUCAGAUUUGCAUCUGGGACAUACGCAAAAAAACCUACAGCCCGGUAUUCGUGACGACCUGCAGCAGCGGCGCCAGAUUAGUCGCCGCAGAUUUCACAGCAAACGGUAAUCAACUGGUGGUUGCCGACGUCAAAGGUGCGGUUUACGUCUACAACAUGGAGGGCAUGCCGUUCCCGCCGUACGAUCAGAACAAGGUGCUGAUCGAGUCUAUCCACAAGGCGCUGCUGACUAAGCCGGAAUUAUUGAGGAAACUGAAGAAAUUAGGCCCACCUUUUUGA